CCAGACUAUGUUACCGUGCUUCUCUCUUUUAUCACUUGCGUGGCUGGGGUUAGGUUGACAUUUCCUCUGUUUUCGUGUCAAGUAGCCCUAAUUUGUAUUCGAGGCAAGUAUUGCUAAUUUCCGAAGGAGGGCAGCAGUUCGCCUGAGAUUCCCCCUGACAGUCAACUGAGGAGCAUCACUGGACUGACACUCCUAUCAUCACCUUGACUAGCCUAACAGCAGCAAAUAUCGGCAUGUUGGGCAGGAUAGCCCUAAGUAGAGGCAUUACAGCCCAGCGACUCAGCAAGAAUACCACUUUAUAUAUGAAGGAGUUAGCAUCCCCGGUCCCAGGAUGCCAGAGCCAAGCCUCUGAAGAACAUAAACCUCUUAUGGUGAUGUUGCCGUGGUUGGGAUCUCGCCCCCAAGCUUUGGCCAAGUAUUGUGAAAUCUACUUCAACACCGGCUUUGAUGUGCUUGUUGUGGAGAGUGAGGCUAAAGAGUUCCUGUGGCCCCGCUGGGGUCUUGAGCAUGGGAAGAGGUUGCUGGAUUUACUCCACAGUGAUCGCUUUGUGUCCCGCCCGCUGCUUGUCCAUGCCUUUUCUAUUGGUGGCUACACAUUUGCUCAGCUGCUGGUAAAUGUAUCCAAGGACAAGCAGAAAUAUCAGGCUCUCACUCAGAGGAUCAAAGGCCAGGUUUAUGAUAGCUUGGUGGUGGGCUCUGUGGACAGAAUGGCUACAGGUCUUGGCAAAACUUUGAUCCCUCGUUUGGAGCCACUGGUAAAAUAUGCCAGCUUGUUCUACUUUGGCACAUUCAAACGUCAAACCAUAGACUACUUCAAUGCAGGGGUUGAAGCAUUUUGGAAUACGCCCGUCACCGCUCCUGCUUUGUUUUUCUUUUGUGAGAACGACGUACUGAGUGACCCACAAGUCAUGGAGGAUAUGAUAGAUCACUUGCGGAAGCGUGGCAUAGACAUCACGGCAAAAAAAUGGGAGGAUUCAACACAUGCAGGUCACCUGAAACGGCACCCACAGGAGUAUCUGACAACCCUCAACAUGUUUUUAAACUCACUCCACUUCUCCCCACUGAAGGCCAAACUGUAGGAUGAUUUCUUUGAAGCACAAUGCCAUAAUAACUGAACUUUUUGUUCUGUUUGAUGUCAAAUGUUUGUUUAAAUGUGGUAAUGUUGCUGAAACUACCUACUCUGAGAGAGAUCUAAUACUUGAAUAUUUUACUAAUUACGCAAAAGUUUAGUUGGUCGAUUUACGAUGCAGGCAGACAAAUUGAGUAAGUCAACGAUAUUUGCAAGUGUACUACUGGGAACAACAGUGCAAAAAACCAAAGAUAUUCAGUUUGCACUCUCUAUCCUCAAACACUUAUGAAAGUCAAAUGUUCUGUAAGUUUGGCUGUAAAAACAGUCACUGACAGGUUUUGGCCUCUGGAUCUUUGAUGCCCUCUGUGAGUGAAAUGUGAUCUCCUCAGCACUGUUAGACAAGUCUUCAUGUUCUCCACUUCAGUUCUCCACUGAAUGAAUAACUUCAGAUUUAGCUGAUAUGGAGAUCCAUGGUUGUCAACUAAAAAUGUAUAAAAGUUAAAACUUUGAUUGUUACAGUUAACGGAGACUGCGGUAAAAAGCCCCUUUGCAUGUUUUUCAAGAAAAAAGGAGACAAUUCUCUUUAUUCCUCCAUUAAAAUACCAUGUUGUUUGUGUUUCAGAAAUAUUGAGGUACAGUGCCUUACAUCUGCUCUCAUGUUGAACUGAACCUGAUUGUUGCAUUGUUAAAGCAGCACAUAAAAAUGUGAAAGUUUACAUUAUUUUAUAAUCAUUGAACUUUUCAUUAUCAAAAACUUUACAUUUUUGUACCAUUUAGUGCUUACAGACAGAAAAAGGUUUAUAGUGCCUUCUCUAAAAUUCUCAUAUUUAUCAAUGAAUGAUAUACAAAAUACUACCAUCUUCUUUAUUGUUUGUUGCACAGUCUUAUUUAUUAUACAGAGAUUGUACCUACUACUUAAUGCUUGAAAUUUCACCCCGAGGCUUAACUUCCCUCCUCUGAUGCUGCCAUUCUCUGGAAGACAAAUCUCAAACAGAAAACAGGUUGGACUGGUUUAGGUUUGACUGUUUAAAUCUUAUAAUGGCUCUUCAAACAAUACAGCAGAUGAAGUCCUUUUUUAUUUAACUGUUAAGCUUUUAAACCUAAAUGUGAAGAAUGUUUUUUCUUGGUUGAUCAUUUUCUUGUUUAAUUUGUUUCCAUGAAUGUGUUUUUAAUAUUAAUAUGUGCUGCAUACAGGCAGUGAAGGCUGCAUGAAGGCUAGCAACAAUAGGGUCCAUCCUAAAUGAUAACCAUGAUAUUUUUACUAAAAUACUUAAAAUUAUUUAUCAAAGCGACAAAAAUGCACAUUUUUCUUUUGCAGACCUGGACAGUGAAUAAGAAACAAGUUAACAAUCAAAACACAAAACACUCCAGCACACUUCUUCAGCAUAAUUCAAAGAUUUGCUGCAGCACUACCAAACCUUGCGUUAUUCAGACCUUCAUCAGAUUGAUUCAUAGUGAACAACCAAACCAUAUCCAUAAAAUGAAAUGGCCUGAUAAAAAGCCCAAUUUUGGUCUCUUACUUAAUGAUAUAAAAACAUAUGCAGAAAAAAAUCUCAAACAAACAAGCAUUUAAAACUUAGUGUAUUUUUAUCAAUGCACACAAUAAUUAGCUGGAUACCAGAUUUCCAUUCAAUUUGAUUUGGUAUUCUCUUGUAUUAUUUCUAUGUUGUAUAACUGACUGGCACCUUUCCUCUCGUUGUUGUGAACUGUCUAUGCAUUAUCUAAAUUUUUGGUUGUAAUUUGGAUUAUACAAA